AUGGUGGAUAUUGCAGCAGGAAGGUAUAUUGGUGACAAAACCUUGGAGGAAUUUGAGAAAAAGUCCAACCUUGAAGAAAUGAUGCUACAAUACAUGCAAAAGGUGGACCAAAAGAUGGACCAGUUUGACAAACUUGCUCAAUCUCAACAAGCCUCCAUUCAAAAUCUUAAAAGGCAAGUUGGUCAACUAGUAAAGGUAGUAACUAAAAGGGCACCAGGGAAAUUGCCUAGUAGCACUGAGGUGAACCCAAAAGAAACUACUAUGGCUGUGACUCUUCGUUCAGGCAAAGUAUUGGAUGAUCUUGUCAUUAAAUCCAAGACUAAACCAAGUGCAAAGCAUAGGAGGAGCGGAAUUGCUAUUAAAAGUGAAGAAACUGGGGAUUCGGGGAAUGGUUCAUGUGAAAAAAUCAAGGGGAAGAUAAUCAACUUCUUGAAAGAAAUAGUGUCUAAUAAAAAGAAGUUAGAAGACUUUGUAGAGGUGUCUCUUACUGAGGAAUGCAGUGCAAUGCUACAAAAUGGUUUUCCUAUCAAGAUGAAAGAUCCAGAGAGUUUUAAUGUACCUUGUCAAUUUGAACAUAUUAUUGUUGAUAAAUGUUUGUGUGACCAUGGAUAUAGUGUUAAUUUGAUAUCUCUAUCAUUUUUCAGGAAAUUAAAGUUUGCCAAUUUGGGGCCUAUUCAAGUGAUUCUACAACUGGCUGAUCGUUCAGUGUGUUAUCCUAUUGGUAUUGUUGACGAUCUAUUAGUUAAAGUUGGUAAAUUUUAUUUUCCUACUGAUCUUCUUGUUCUUGACAUGGAGGAGGAUAUUUGUAUGCCAAUUAUCCUCGGUAGAGAGGUUUUAGCUAUGGAAGAGGCUAAUAUAGACUUACUUGAAGGAAAAUUGAUUUUAAGUAUUGGUAAAGAGAAAGAAAAAUUUAAUGUCUUUGAACUCUUAAAAUAG